UUUGGCGCCACCGUCGCGGCCGGAAGUUGCAUGUUGGGGGCGGAGCCUCGCGUUAAAUGUUGCUGGUGACAGAGUGAGGGGGAGCUGUGUGACCAUGGAGACAGGAACCGGGGGGAUCGAGGUCCGCUCCCGGGCCAAGCAGUACGAGAAGCUGGACUUCCUGGGAGAGGGGCAGUUUGCCACAGUUUACAAAGCAAGGGAUAAGAACACCGACAGAAUUGUUGCAAUAAAAAAGAUUAAGCUGGGUCACAGAGCUGAAGCUAAUGAUGGUAUAAACAGAACUGCGUUAAGGGAAAUCAAACUACUGCAGGAAUUAAGUCAUCCAAAUAUUAUCGGUCUUCUGGAUGCGUUUGGCCACAAGUCAAAUAUAAGCCUAGUGUUUGAUUUUAUGGAAACGGAUUUAGAGGUCAUUAUUCGGGAUACCAGCUUAGUAUUAACGCCUGCUCACAUUAAAUCUUACAUGCUGAUGACCCUUCAGGGUUUGGAAUAUUUACAUAAUCUUUGGAUCCUGCACAGAGACUUGAAACCAAAUAAUUUGCUAUUGGAUGAGAACGGAGUUCUUAAACUGGCUGAUUUUGGUCUGGCUAAAUCCUUUGGGAGUCCGAACAGAAUGUACACUCAUCAAGUAGUAACAAGGUGGUAUCGUUCCCCAGAGUUGCUGUUUGGUGCCCGGAUGUACGGAGUUGGAGUGGACAUGUGGGCAGUGGGCUGUAUUCUUGCAGAGUUGCUGCUUAGAGUUCCAUUUUUGCCAGGAGAUUCAGAUUUGGACCAGCUUACAAGAAUAUUUGAAACCCUUGGUACACCCACAGAGGAUCAGUGGCCGGGCAUGUCCAGUUUGCCGGAUUAUGUAACAUUCAAGAGUUUCCCAGGAACCGCUUUCCAUCUCAUAUUCAGUGCGGCAGGAGAUGAUCUGCUUGAACUUCUGCAAGGAUUAUUCAUAUUCAAUCCCUGUGCACGGCUCACAGCCACACAGGCGCUCAAAAAGAAAUAUUUUAGUAACCGACCAGCACCAACUCCUGGGAACCUGCUGCCAAGACCAAACUGUUCAGUUGAAGCUCUAAAGGAACAGCAAAACCUUAAUAUGGGCAUCAAGAGGAAGCGGACAGAAGGCAUGGAUCAAAGCCAGCAGACCACCUUGCCUAUUACUAACCGCCAACCAGGGGUCCUCUAUUUAAGCUGGCGUGCACUGUGCAGUUACUGGAAGCUUCAGCACCGAGACUGUCUGGGAAUAGCCCAAGUGUUCCUGUGCCAAGACUGACCGCUGUUGCCUGGCUGCAGCAGUGCAUGUUAAGGGGCUAUUAUUAAGACAUCGCAAAAAAGUUGAAUUUUUGACUGCAGGCAAGAUGAGGACCAGUCAGAGCCUGCUAAAAAUGCUGCUAUGGACAUCACCACAAAAAUGUUUAAUAUUUGCUUGGAAUUAGUCUUGUAAUAUAUUGUAUAUUUUAUAUAUAUUGAAUUUUGAAAGAACAUGUCAUUUUGAUAUCUGUUUUUCAGUGGCUUUUUUUUUUUUUUU